AUGGAGCCCAAGUGGAAGACGCGGCAGGAGCAGCGCACGAACGGCAGCAUGGACGAGCCGCCCAUCCCGCCGUGGGGGUGGCCGGCGGGCGGCGACGUGCACCCCACGGCGUGGCAGCACAGCCUCGAAUACUUUCUCGUCGCCGACCUGCUGCAACCACCCUCGAAGAGAGACCCCGGAGUGGCGGCAGUGAGGGUGAGCGACCCCGCACACGCGGACGUGUUCCUCGUGCCCUUCUUCGCGUCCACCAUGGUCAACCUGCUCCGACGAAAGAACUUCCCCACCUACAAGGCUCUCGCGAUGGAGAUGGCGGAGUUGAUGAGCGCGUCGCCGUGGUGGCAGCGGCGGGGAGGCAGGGACCACGUGCUGUGCGUCACCCACCCCAACGCCCUCGAGUCCGUGCGGCACCACAUGGCCGCUGCUGCCUUCGUUGCUGUUGACCUCGCCAGGUACGAAGCAGGGGAGGCGGAUCUGCACAAGGACAUCAUCGCACCUUACGGGGCGCUGGUGGAGACUUACAGUGCAGAGGCUGAGAGGCGGGACGCCCAAGGAGGGAUUGGAGGAGGAGGCAGGGGAGGAGGUCCGGCAGCGCGGCGCAAGGCCCUGUUUGACGAGCUACAGGGGGAGGAGGACGGGCAUCGGCGCAAGGCCCUAUUCGACGAGCUACAGGGGGAGGCGGAUGUGCAUGUGAGGGAGGCUUCGGGCUCCAGCCAGUCCAUCCGCGAUUCCCAGGAGGGCAUGCGGCAGUCGCGCUUCUGUCUGCACGUGGAGGGCGACACACCCUCCUCUUCGCGGUUCUUCAACGCCAUCAUGAGCGGGUGUGUGCCGGUGGUCGUCAGCGAUUACGUGGAGCUGCCCUUCGAGUCAGCCAUCGACUACUCGCGCCUCACGCUCUUCUUUUCCCAACAGGACGCCCUGGUCAAAGGCCGUCUGGUCUCCGCGCUGCGCCAGGUGUCGGAACAGGACUGGCUGGCGAUGUGGCACGAGGUGCACCAAGUGCAGAAGCACUUUGAGUUCCAGCAACCAGCGAGGGCAGGAGACGCGGUGGACAUGGUGUGGCGGGAGGUGCGCAACCGGCUGCCCAGCAUGCACCUCAUGGCUCACCGCGACACGCGCCUCACCAUCCCCGACUGGAGCGCCUGA